AUGGAAUUGGUCCCGUACGAUUCGGAGACGAAAUCAUCGAUCCCCGCAAAUCUCCCGUGGCAAGACAUGUUCCGCUCCGCCUCAUCCCGUAAACCUCAAGAGCCUCCUUCUUCGUCUUCAUCGCCGCCGCGAAAACCUUCCGCCGCCGGAGGAGGAGACGGAGGAGAACCCGGAAUGACGUCGCUAGCCUCCGUCGAUUCCCAGGCGCGUCUCGCUAUCUACAUAGCGAUGGCUCACGCCGGUCUCGCUUUCGCCAUUUUCGUCCUGUAUUUCGUCGGGAAGCUGUUGCAAGAGUACCUGAGACCGAUUCAGUGGGCGAUUCUCUGUUCGAUUCCCUUGAGAGGUAUACAAGAAACCCUCGUCGAUUUCUGGAGCGAGCCCUUGAAAUUAGGGCUCACGGAAGUCAUCCUCGCUGUUCCCGUCUCGAUUUUCAACGUCUUCAUCGGAUCGAUUGCGGAUAUCAAAAACGUCUGCUUUAGGGUUUUUCUAAGGAGAUCGAAACCCAGGAGACCGAGGAAGAGGAACGACACCGGGUUCUCGAAAUUGGUCAAAUGGUUAGUCUCCUUCGGUGUGUUUGUGAUCGCUUACGAGAGAAUUGGGGCUAUUGGGUCUCUCGUGAUCCUCGCUUUAGGGUUUCUCUUUAGUGCCAAGAAUGUCGAUUCGACUCUCUCCGCCGUCUCUUCCCUGAGGAGCAACAGCUUCAGGAGAAGCCAUUUCACUGCUUACUUCACCAGAGGGAUAAUGAAUAGACUCAACACAAUCGUUGCCAUCGGUUUGAUUGUGCUCAUGAUUCUUGGAUCUCUGACUGGUGUCAUCUUCUUCUCUUACAAGAUCGGCGUUGAAGGGAAAGACGCAGUCUUCUCUCUGAAAUCUCACGUGGAAGAGAGCAAUUACGCCGAGAAGAUUGGGAUCAAGCAGUGGAUGGACGAGAACGAUGUCCCCGGGAUGGUUGACAUGUACACGACGAAGUUCUACGAGACGGUCUCAGAGCAGAUCGAUAGCUUAGCAAUGCAGUAUAACAUGACGGAGCUAGUCACAGGGAUCAAGCAUUUCGUGAUCGGGCAGCCUCAGAACACGUCGACGCCGUCAACGGCCCUUAUAGCUCCGUCUCCUUACACGGAGAAGCUCAUGAGCCUGAGGACUCGGGUCAAGAACAAGGAGUGGGGACAAAUCUACUCGGAGGUUGAUGUGAUCUUCAGGGAGCUUAUCAUCACGAGAGAGGAUUUGGUGGAGAAAGCUAAAGGCUUUGCUGUGAAAGGAAUGGAUGUGUCUCAACGUGUUUUCUCGAGCAGCGCAUCGGUUGUUGGAGGCGGAGCCAAGUUCGUCUUCUCCAUCGGAAACUCGAUCAUCUCCGGAGCAGCCGAGUUCUUCAACUUCGUCUCUCAGCUGAUGGUUUUCAUUUGGGUUCUUUACGUUUUGAUCACGUCUGAGUCAGGUGGUGUGACGGAGCAAGUCAUGAACAUGUUACCGAUCAACCCGUCAGCUAGAGUCAGAUGCGUUGAAGUGCUCGACAUGGCGAUCUCCGGCGUGCUUUUAGCGACGGCGGAGAUUGCCUUCUUCCAAGGAUGUCUCACUUGGCUGUUGUUUAGGCUGUACAAGAUACAUUUUCUCUACAUGUCGACUGUUCUCGCGUUUAUCAGCGCCCUGUUGCCGAUUUUCCCUUACUGGGUGGCGACGAUCCCGGCGGCGUUGCAGCUGGUGCUGGAAGGGAGGUACAUUGUUGCGGUGACUUUAUCUGUGACUCAUCUUGUGUUGAUGGAGUAUGGUGCUUCGGAGAUUCAAGAUGACAUUCCUGGGUCUAAUGCUUACAUUACUGGACUGAGUAUUAUUGGUGGGGUGACUCUGUUUCCUUCUGCUCUCGAGGGAGCGAUAAUGGGACCGUUGAUAACGACGGUGGUGAUUGCGUUGAAGGAUUUGUAUGCAGAGUUUGUUCUGAAUGAUCCGAAGAAGAUCAAUUAG